AUGGCUCCUCGAUGCUUUAUUAUCCGCCACGGCGAGACAGAAUGGUCACUUAAUGGUCGACACACUGGUCUCACCGAUCUACCACUCACAGCCAAUGGAGAGAAGCGCAUUCAAGCAACAGGCAAAGCGCUCGUUGGAAAUGACAGACUGGUUGUUCCCAAGAAGCUUGUUCAUGUCUUUGUCUCACCCCGCCAUCGCGCCCAGCGCACCCUAGAACUCCUCGAACUCGGCUGUAAAGGACGAAUGCCCUGGAAUGAACAGCACAAGCCCGAAAAUGAGGGAGCUAUCCGGACCGAGGCCGAGGUUGAGGUUACGGAGGCGAUUAGAGAGUGGGAUUACGGGGACUAUGAGGGUAUGACGAGCAAGCAGAUCCGCGAGCAGCGGGCUGAGAGGGGUGAGGGGCCAUGGAAUAUUUGGACUGAUGGAUGUCCCGGUGGAGAAUCCCCUGAAGAUAUCAUUCGUCGCCUCGACGCUCUAAUCGAUGAAAUCAGGAACAAAUACCAACGUCCCGCCUUUGAGAACCCGGAUGAGCCCAAAAGCGAUGUCCUUGUUGUCGCGCAUGGCCAUAUUCUGCGUGCUUUUGCAAUGAGAUGGACGGGGAAGCCGUUGACGGAGACAUCGCUGAUUCUCGAGGCUGGUGGCAUAGGCACACUCAGUUAUGAACACCAUAACAUCGAUGAGCCAGCGAUUAUUCUCGGUGGUCAAUUCGUGGUGGAGUAA